AUGAGCGCGCCGACCCUGGGCGCUGGCGCGACCAGCUCGCCCCGACACUUUGCGCUCGACCAUAUGCGCCCAAAGAGCAGCUUCGUCGGUUGCUCUCGGAUCGGCGAUUUCGAAGUUCUGGGUAAGCUGGGAGAGGGAACAUUCGGCGAGGUUCACCGCGCCAGAUCCAGGAAGACCGGCGCCCUCGUGGCCUUGAAGAAGAUCAUAAUGCACAACGAGAAGGAUGGAUUCCCCAUCACCGCUCUGCGGGAGAUCAAGCUCCUCAAGCUUCUAUCACACAAGAACGUUCUCAGGCUGGAAGACAUGGCUGUUGAGCACCCAGCGAGGAGCACCGACAAGCGCAAGAAACCCGUCGUCUACAUGGCCACUCCAUACAUGGACCACGAUCUCUCUGGCCUGCUCGACAACCCCUCCAUCACCUUCACCGAGGCGCAGAUCAAGUGCUACCUAGUGCAGCUUCUCGAGGGUCUCAAGUACCUGCACGAAAACAAGAUCCUACACCGAGACAUGAAAGCGGCGAACCUUCUAAUCAACAACAAGGGCGUCCUCCAGAUCGCAGAUUUCGGUCUCGCGAGGCUCUACGACGAACCGCCCCCUGUGAAAGGCCGGGGUGGCGGCGAAGGCAGACGUGACUACACUAGCCUGGUGGUUACGCGCUGGUACCGGCCCCCUGAGCUUCUGCUACACCUUAAAAAGUACACCACGGCCAUUGACAUGUGGGGAGUUGGUUGCGUCUUUGGAGAAAUGCUCUGGGGAAAGCCGAUCCUGGCUGGUGAGAGCGAUCAUCACCAACUUGAGAUUAUCUUCGACCUGUGUGGCACACCCACGGAAGACAACAUGCCAGGCUUUAGGCACCUUCCCGGAGCGGAGGCAAUCAAGCCUCGGCCACGACCCGGCGACCUUGGCCAUCGCUUCGCUAAGUACGGACAAGGAGCUGUUGCCCUCCUCAGAGAACUCAUGCGGCUUGACUGGAAAAGGCGCAUCAAUGCGAUCGACGCCCUUGAGCAUCCGUACCUGCAUACGGCUCCAUUACCGGCACAACCUGGCGAAUUGCCUAUUAUGGAGGAAAGCCACGAGCUCGACAGAAGAAAGUUCCACGACCGUAAGGCGGCCCUUCCUCCCGCUCCCAAGGGCGGGACUGUUGGACGCGGACCGCAGCCGCAUGAUGGUGCUGGAAACCCCAGCUUUAACAGCAAUGAUGUUUAUGGCGGCCGCAACGGCAUGAAUGGCGGUCGAUACCCUCCUCCCCCUCACCGAAAUGGCCCUGGACCAGGUGAGAGGGUGCCGGCUUGGUCGCGAGGCCCACACGCGCUUCCGCCACGACCUCCACCUCCCGUCGAUAACUACGGCAGCGGCGGACCGGAUAUGUAUCUUGACGGACACCGAGAUCGGGACCGCGACCGCGACCGCGAUCGUGACCGAGCGCCUCGAAACAGACCACCUGUAGUCGGCAGGAGCGAUGUCGACACAUACAUCCCAAGCUAUCGCGAACGUGAACGAGAACGGGAGCGCGAGCGCGAGAGGGAUCGGGACAGAGACCGCGACCGUCCACCUCGAGACCGUCGUUACCGUAGCCGAUCGCCCAUCGGUGGAAGGGUGCCUGACAGAGACUGGGACUACUCAAGAGACCGCAGAUAG